AUGAUCCGACUCAAGCCAUAUCGAGCACUCAAGGACGCUACCAACGACUGGGUCACAAAGCUCAACUUUUCCGCGCUCCAGGAAUACGGCAAGAAGCAACAACCCAUCCAAGUCCUGGUUCUCUAUGGCUCCCUCCGCGAACGAUCAUUCUCCCGACUGCUUGCGUUUGAGUUUGCACGGAUCCUCGAUCACCUGGGUGCAGAUGUCCGAGUUUUCAAUCCAGAAGGUCUCCCCAUGAAGGACGGGGUGUCCGAGAACCAUCCCAAGGUCCAAGAAUUACGAGAGCUCAGCCAGUGGUCUCAUGCCCAUGUCUGGGUCUCGCCCGAGCAACACGGCCAAGUCACUGCAGUGUUCAAGAACCAAAUCGAUUGGAUCCCACUCUCCUUGGGAUCUGUCCGCCCAACCCAAGGUCGAACUCUGGCCAUUGCGCAAGUUUGUGGAGGUUCACAGAGUUUCAAUGUGGUCAACACUUUGAGGAUGCUGGGCCGGUGGAUGCGCAUGUUUACGAUCCCCAACCAAUCGUCCGUCCCAAAGGCUUGGACCGAGUUUGACGAAAACGAUCGAAUGAAGCCCAGUGAUCUUCGACAGAGGGUUGUGGAUGUAGCGGAGGAGUUGUUCAAGAUGACGAUCGUCCUGAGGCCGGAGAUGGAGUUUUUGACCGAUCGUUAUAGCGAGCGAGAGGAGAAGGAGAAGAAUGGACGAUUGCUUUCGCAAGCUGAGAAGGUGCAGUAG